UCCCUUUCAUUGUUGGAAUAUCGAUUUUCGAUUCGAGAAUCUCGAAUGUUGAUAUGAGUGAACGUCUUGCUCGUGGGAAAGUAACUACGGAUUGUCGAACAGUAGUACAUGUGACGGUGUGAUUUUCUGAAAUUCUCAAAAAAAUGGCUUUACACGUACCAAAAGCGCCUGGUAUGGCUCAAAUGUUAAAGGAUGGAGCUCGCUAUCUUUCUGGACUAGAGGAAGCUGUAUAUAGAAAUAUUGCGGCAUGUAAACAAUUUGCGCAAACUAUCCGAACAGCGUAUGGACCGAACGGAAUGAACAAAAUGAUCAUCAACCACAUAGAAAAGAUGUUUGUGACAAAUGAUGCAGCAACAAUUAUUAAAGAGCUUGAAGUAGAGCAUCCAGCUGCCAAAUUGAUGGUGCUUGCAGCAGAAAUGCAGGAAGCAGAAGUGGGAGAUGGUUCAAAUUUUGUCAUCAUAUUUGCUGGCGCUUUACUUGAAGCAGCAGAGGAACUUUUGCGUCUGGGUAUCACCCCGUCUGAAAUUGUGGAAGGCUACGAAUCUGCUUUGGAGAAGGCACAAGAGGUUCUUUCCACACUGAUCGUUUACGAGAUCAAAGAUUAUCGUAAUUUGGAGCAAGUAAAGAAGGGAAUCAAGACGUCGAUAAUGAGCAAACAGUAUGGCAACGAAGACCUUCUAGCUUCACUUAUUAGUCAAGCCUGUGUUUCCAUUCUCCCAGAGAAGACAACAUUCAAUGUAGACAAUGUUCGCGUCUGCAAGAUUCUUGGUGCAGGAUUAAACUCCUCGCAGGUAGUUCAGGGUAUGGUGUUCAAACGUCAAGUCGAAGGUGACGUGACAAAGAAGACAAGUGCAAAGAUCGCAGUGUACACGUGUGCCGUGGAUGUAAUGCAGACUGAAACUAAGGGCACAGUUUUGAUCAAGAAUGCGGAUGAACUCAUGAAGUUCUCCCGUGGCGAAGAAUCCUUGCUGGAAUCACAAAUAAAAUCAAUUGCUGACUCAGGUGCCUCAGUUGUAGUCUCCGGUGGAAAAUUCGGCGAUAUGGCUCUUCAUUACAUGAACAAAUACAACCUGAUGGCUGUCCGUAUUCCCAGCAAAUUCGACAUACGGCGAUUAUGCAAGGCUGUGGGUGGUACCGCUCUGUCCAAGUUGAUGCCACCAACCAAGGAGGAACUUGGAUAUGCCGACUCAGUUCAUAUUGACGAGCUUGGAGAUACUAGCGUGGUGGUAUUCAGGCUAGAUGGAAAUGAAAGUCGUAUCAGUACUAUUGUCAUCCGCGGUUCAACAGAAAAUUACAUGGAUGACAUUGAAAGAGCAAUUGAUGACGGCGUGAACACGUUCAAGGGCAUAACUAGAGAUGGGCGGUUUGUCGCAGGUGCGGGAGCAACCGAAGUUGAAUUGGCUGCACAGAUUGCUGCGUAUGCUGACACCCUACCUGGCCUAGAGCAAUAUGCUGUACGCAAGUUUGCAUCGGCUCUCGAAACGUUCCCAAAAACGCUAGCAGAGAACAGUGGAAGUCGAGCUUCAGAACUUCUAUCGAAACUGUACGCUGCACACAAAGAAGGCAAGAAAACUUACGGUUUUGACAUUGAUGGCGACUCUGCUUCCCUUAUUGAUUCCGUUGAGGCUGGUAUUCUUGAUUUGUAUCUAACGAAAAAUUGGGCCUUGAAAUAUGCAGUCAAUGCUGCGUGCACGAUUCUAAAAGUAGAUCAGAUAAUCAUGGCGAAACGUGCAGGCGGUCCUAAACCGCGGGCUGGUGGUGCGAAUAGUGAUGACGAGUCAUAAUUUCAAAAAUAUCAUUAUUUUUCAAUGCAUUAUUUACCAUCACUUGUAACCUUCAUUAUUUAAUCAGUCGUAUUUCGCGCUGAUAGAUAAACAUUCACGGACUCUGUCUGGACGUUCACGCUUUCUUAACAUUUAACACGCCACAUGCGCCAUUAUACAACAAUUUGUACGAAGACUUAUUCUGUAGGUAGGAUAACUGCGUUUCUACCAUUUGUAUUCUCAAUAUGAUACGGUUAAUUCAUUAUCUCGAAAUAUUUAAUGUUCAAUAAAAUUUCUUCAUUCGUAAAUGA